GCUUCCGGGUGGGGGGGUCAUGACGGCGGCGUGCGCAACAUGGCGCGGCGGCAGGCAGCGGCGAUCGCGAGGCUUAUCUCCCCGGCCUCCUCGGAGGACGAGGCCCCGGAGGAAGUGGCCUUCGGAGUGGCGAAAGAGGCGGCCCAGAUCGAACGGAAGCUCGUAGGGGAGGCGGCCAGGAGGCACCGGGAACUGCUGAAGGAGAAGCGACGGCGGCGCCAGGAGCUGUUCACGGAGCAGAAGAAACGGAAGCUUCUCCCCGAGGUCGUCCUGCAGGAGCUGGCUGCUGCGCCGUCCACACGACCUGCUGCGCCGGCUGAGGCAGCUGACCGAGCUAAACGCCGUGGAGGCAGAGCUGCAAAGCAGAGACAAGGCAAAGCCAAAAGGCAGGUGAAGAAAGACAAGCAAAGAAAGGGUACCAGGUCCAUAGGCAACUAUACAGCCGUGUGCUUAAAAGAUCAAAGUCCAACAGGCCUCCACCAGCAGCUCGCCAAAGAUUUUAUAAACACUCAGCUCUAUGGACCAGGCACCAACCGAGUCCAGGCAAAUGAGUUUUUUUCCCUGGAAAACAAGAAGAACCCAGUUAAGAAAGCUGCAGUUCAGUUUGUGGAUAAAUCUUGGGGGCAAGAAAUAAAGCAGAGAGCAACGAGAUUUAAAAAACAGUGGCUCUCAACACAGUUUAAUAAGCGCACAUGAAGACAGCCUUUACAGAAGGUACUGCUAAGGACUCUUACUGAAAGUCUCUCAGUGCAAAGGUGGU